GGACGCCCCGCCCCUCAAGCUAGGCUGAGCUGUGCCUACGUCGGCCUCGAAUCCCUGGGGCUGGAGGAGUUACCUUUGGAUCCCGAAAGGAGGAAGGAAGCAAAAUAUCAACAACAGUCGGAGCGACUCGGGCGCUCAGCCCUGGUCCCCCGCUCGUCCGCCUCCCGUCUGCCUGCUCCUGCGCGCGCGACGGGGGCCCGGACCCCCGGCGCCGCCCAGGGCCCGCGCGGACGUCGGCCUCGUCUGUGAUUCCCCCGCCCGGUGCCGCGGCUUCCCGGGUUUGAAGAACCACCGGAUUCGGGGCCAGGGCCGCCCGCUCCCUGCCGUGACACCUCAUUCCCCUCUGCGGGGCUGGAGGCUAUACAGACGGUGUCCUGCAGACCAUGAACUGAGCAUCGGUCCUGGACGUUCAUGAGCACAGUGUGAGGUACAGCAGGACCUGCCACCCUACAGCCCCUCCCCUCCCCAGCACUGAGGACCUCUGGAGAAGAUGGGGAGGAAAAAGAUCCAGAUCCAGCGAAUCACCGAUGAGCGGAACAGACAGGUGACCUUCACCAAGCGGAAGUUCGGGCUGAUGAAGAAGGCGUAUGAGCUGAGCGUGCUGUGCGACUGUGAGAUCGCCCUCAUCAUCUUCAACCACUCUAACAAGCUGUUUCAGUAUGCCAGCACCGACAUGGACAAGGUGCUGCUCAAGUACACCGAGUACAAUGAGCCACACGAGAGCCGCACCAAUGCAGACAUCAUCGAGACCCUGAGGAAGAAGGGGUUCAACGGCUGCGACAGCCCAGAGCCCGAUGGGGAGGACUCGCUGGAACAGAGCCCCCUGCUGGAGGACAAGUACCGGCGCGCCAGCGAGGAGCUGGACGGGCUCUUCCGGCGCUACGGGUCAGCUGUCCCGGCCCCCAACUUUGCCAUGCCUGUCACGGUGCCCGUGUCCAAUCAGAGCUCACUGCAGUUCACCAAUCCCAGCGGCUCCCUGGUCACCCCUUCCUUGGUGACAUCAUCCCUCACAGACCCACGGCUCCUGUCCCCCCAGCAGCCAGCACUACAGAGGAACAGCGUGUCUCCAGGCCUGCCCCAACGGCCCGCUAGUGCAGGAGCCAUGCUGGGAGGCGACCUCACCAGUGCUAAUGGAGCCUGUCCCAGCCCUGUCGGGAAUGGCUAUGUUAGUGCCCGGGCUUCCCCAGGCCUCCUCCCUGUGGCCAAUGGCAACAGUCUGAACAAGGUCAUCCCUGCCAAGUCUCCACCCCCGCCCACCCACAGUGCCCAGCUUGGAGCCCCCAGCCGAAAGCCUGACCUGAGGGUCAUCACCUCCCAGGGAGGAAAGGGAUUAAUGCACCACUUGACUGAGGACCAUUUAGAUCUGAACAAUGCCCAGCGCCUUGGGGUCUCCCAGUCUACCCACUCGCUUACCACCCCUGUGGUUUCCGUGGCAACACCGAGUUUACUCAGCCAGGGCCUCCCCUUCUCUUCUAUGCCCACUGCCUACAACACAGAUUACCAGUUGACCAGUGCAGAGCUCUCCUCCCUACCGGCCUUCAGUUCGCCAGGGGGGCUGUCACUAGGCAGCGUCACCGCCUGGCAGCAGCCGCAGCAGCCCCAGCAGCCGCAGCCUCCACAGCCACAGCCGCCACAGCCACAGCCGCCACAGCCUCCGCAGCCUCCGCAGCCUCCGCAGCCAUCUCAGCAGCCCCACCUGGUCCCCGUGUCUCUUGGCAACCUCAUCCCAGGCAGCCCCUUGCCCCAUGUGGGCGCUGCCCUCACCGUCACCACCCACCCCCACAUCAGCAUCAAGUCAGAACCGGUGUCCCCAAGCCGAGAGCGCAGCCCUGCGCCUCCCCCUCCGGCAGCGGUGUUCCCAGCUGCCCGCCCAGAGCCCGGUGAUGGUCUCAGUAGCCCUGCAGGAGGAUCCUAUGAUACAGGAGAACGUGAUGAUGGCCGGGGGGACUUCGGGCCCACACUGGGCCUGCUGCGUCCGGCCCCAGAAUCCGAGGCUGAGGGCUCGGCUGUGAAGAGGAUGCGGCUGGACGCCUGGACAUUAAAGUGAUGUUCCCACUCCCCUCCCAGCCUCCCCGAUGAAGAGUUGACAAUCUCACCACCCCCCCACCCCUGUCCUGGGCUCCUCCCGCUCGACCCCCACUUCCUUUCUUGUGCUCCGUGUCCUGUUGAUGGUUACAUUUGUGUAUAAUUAUUAUUAUUAUAUUAUUAUUAUUAUUAUUAUAUUUUUUUUAAUUUGGAUUCUCGCUUUAGAGAGAGGGAUGCUCUCAUCCCCUCUCAACCCCACCGUUUUCACUGGUGGGGGGCUCUUUUUUGCGGGAAGGGGGGGACACUUUGCACGUUGUACACAUAUGCUGCAGGAAGGGUGGGGGGCCUGGUAGGCCUUGGGGAAAGGACAGUUGGCCAAGCCCUGCAUGUGGAGCCCUCCCGCCCCAUCUCCCAGAUAGAGGGAAAGAACCAAAAACUACCAAGCAACAAAAACCCCUCCAGUAGACUAAAACCCCAAAGGUAGCUUGAUGGGUGACUUAUAUCCAAGGGAAUCGGAGGAAGCAGAGGGUCUCCAUUUCGGGGCUGUUCCCCACAGGCGCCUGUCCAGCCAAGCCCAACCCUCAGGCGCCCUGCACACUUACACAACACACUCGCUGGCUCUGUGUGCUGCACCCCCAAGUUGUAUGGGUGCUGGCUGAGCUUCUGGGCUGGGAAGGCUGCCUGGACCUGAGGCUGGGGGCAGGGCUUUGAGGGUGGCCUCUCUCGAAGCACAUAUGGGGAGAAAAGUGGUGAGGCGCAAGGAGGACAGAGGGGCUGGGUGAGGGUGCGCAGGCCCCUCCAUCCACAGCCUUUUCUCUAGGAUACACAGUGCAAUAGUGCGCCAACCUCAGCAGACCAGCCCUGUCAAGCUGGCCCUGCCAGAGCUCCAGGGAGGUGCUCUGGGGCUGGGCACAAAGAGCAGGUGUGGGAGGGCGUCCCCUGCCUUGCAUGCACGCCACCCCGCCCUAGGGAGCUGGUUGGUGGGGUGGGGCAGCGUUCAGCUCCCCAAGGGAAGCCGCCUCCGGGUGCCUGCUCCCAGCCCUCCUCCCUGCUCUGGCACCCUCACUGUCUGCUACCUCCUGUCCCACUGCCUCCAGGCCACGUCCCACCGCCCCUCUUGGCUACUGUAAUUGUAUAUAGUGACCUUUGGAAAACAUUAGCGGUGUAACAGUCCAGGAAACUUUUUUGUUGUUGUUGUUGUUGUAUUGAUAUGAAAUGAGAUUCUAUUUUUGUCAAAGUAUAUUGUAAUAAUAAUGACUCAAAUGGCCCGUACUGUACA